CUCCAACUAUCCGUUGUGACACUUGUGAGGGAGGACAUUCCGUAUAAAAAGGAUGCUUUGCACGGCAUCCUCCCCCUCGCCCCCCAAGCCGGGAGAGCAUAAGCUCAUAGUGAACCAGAAAGGGCGAGAAAGCGCCACGAUACAGUCAUGGAGGUCAUUCAAAUUCCCUUUUCUCUGGCGACCGCCGUGGUCGCCAUCGCCGCAUAUCUUCUGACGGUCAAAUUUCUUCGAUACCGCCUUGCACGCGAAAUCGAGAAGAUGCCCGACCCAACCGAUGGCCCUUCUGGCAUGGCCAUUUACCAAAAGAUCGCUUUCUGGGACUUCCCAUUCAUCACCCAAAAAGCGCUCGAGUUUGCCUUAUUCCGAACGUACGGCAUCCCCUCCAUCGCCAAGACGCUGUGCUCGACGAAGGAAAUGACGCAACGCUGCAACAGGAGGUACGACGAUACAUCCUUCCUCUUGGCCGAGAUCCUCGAGCACUUCAACGAACCCGCUCGAUGUGGAGCGGCCAUGAAACGCAUGAACUACAUCCAUUCCCUCUACCCGAUCAACAACGACGAUUACCUCUACGUGCUGACAACGUUCAUCUGCGAGCCGGGCAAGUGGAUCGAGCGGUUCGGUUACAGGUCGUUGACGACCAAGGAGAAAAACGCUAUUUACCACGUGUGGGUCCACAUCGCCACCGAGAUGGGAAUCAGAGAGAUCCCUACUUCCUACGAGGCGAUGUGCCGAUUCGAAGAGCAGUAUGAACGAACCCACAUGCGGUACUCCGAGCACAACGCUGCAUUGGCCGAAUCGACGUCGGCGUUGUUCCUCUCCAUCAUCCCCGCCUUCCUACGGCCCAUCGCCACCCAAGUCGUCCACGCACUAUGUGACCAGCGCCUACGUGACGCGAUGGGCUUCAGCACGCCAGUUCGAGGGUAUACGUGGUCAUUGGAAGUGGUUGGGUGGACGGCCAAGAUGGUUGCGAGGCACUGCAUGUUGCCGCGACGGACGCCGCAUUUGCAGGCUGCCGAUAAAGUGGACGAGAAUGGGAAGUACGUGCCGAAGAUUCAUGCCUAUAAACCGACUUAUAAGUGCGGAUAUCGGAUUGAGGAUCUGGGGCCAGAGCAUCUCGUUGGGAAAGGCCCAGGAACAGUUACAGGAAAAACGACCAAGCGCUGCCUCAGAUCAGCAUCCCUACGGCAAUAAACCCCUCCGUUCGUGCACAAAGAGGGCAUCAUCUCAAGCGGAAAUCGUGCCGCAGCAAGACGGAUGGACCGUCGAGAGCCGCGACACUGCGCGGGGGUUAGGGCUCAUGCUCCCGCGUGCAUGUGGUGCAGGCACCACGCAGAUGGGGGCGAGUGCUCUUCGAUUCAACAUUAUAUCACACAUUGGCUCCAACUUUCAAAAAGACGGUGUAUUCAUUUAGAGUAGUGGCAACUGUCUUUUACGUGGGACAUGUCUCCAAUAUAUACCCUUUGAACCAUCGAUG